GCCUCGUUUUGUCAAUAGUUUAAGGAGUCCAUUUGUCUUCUCUGACUUGUUCCGCAAGGAAUUUUCUUCCUCCUUCGUCUGCUUGUUCUGUCAGUUCAUAUAUAUAUACAUACACAGACGUAUGCAAUCCUUGUGAACAAUUUCUAGUUAACUUACAGAAUCCUGGUCAGAAUUCGAAGUCGAGUGAAAUGAAGAAAGUAGUGUUGAGUUUAGAUUUACAUGAUGAUAAAGCAAAACAAAAGGCCAUGAUAGCAGUGUCUAGCAUUCCAGGUACUGAAAUUUGGUUGACCACAAUUUGAUAGCUUGCGAUUCAAUAGAAAAUGACCCUUCAUUUGUUUCAGAUGCACAGUCAAAUUGGUAAUCAGUGGACUAAUCUGCUUUUGAUCUUGUGAUUUUGUGUAGGAAUUGAAUCGAUUUCUAUGAGCAUGAAGGAUAAGAAAUUAACGGUGGUUGGCGAUGUUGAUCCAGUUGUGGUGGCCAGCAAACUGAGAAAAUGGUACCCAGAAAUAUUAACAGUUGGGCCAAAGGAAGCAGAAAAGAAAAAAGAUGAAGGUAAGAAGGCUGAGGGAAAGAAAGACGAUGAUAAAAAGAAGGAUCCAAAUGAACAGAUUGCAGACCUUGUGAAGGCCUACAAAGCUUACAAUCCUUACAUGACACAGCACUACCAUGUUUACAGUGCAGAAGAGAAUCCAAAUGCUUGUGUCAUCUGUUAAUUGUCAGAACAAAAAUAGAAUUGAUGAGCUUUACUGGUGGUGGAUUCUAUCAUAUUGAAGAACCCAUUUGAGACCUAGGAGAAUGGCUCUAUGUACAGUUGGUGGUUGGUUUGUGUGAUGAAAUGUAUAGACUAUACUGUACCGUAGAGGAAUAAAUUUUGGGUUGAUUUUAGAUGAAGUAUUGAUACUAUUUUGUUAAUCUGAGUGCAUCUUUUCAGGGCAAAAAAUUGUAAAAAAUAAAAUCCUUUUAGUUUUUGUCUUCUUAUUUUGUUAUCCUUAAAAUCUCAGGAGAAAGGGCCAGCCAUGCAUUCAUAAGUCUAGUCUAGGGAUUGUGAAUUUUGUGAUUCUCUCUUUGAUUACCCAUUGUGGUCCAUAGGAAAAGAGAAUAUAG